AUGGAACGCGUGCGCAAACUCUCCGGAGCCUUCCUCCACGCAGUCGGUACCGUCUUUGAACCUCCUCCCCUCACCGACAUCACCCUCACCCCCGCCCAAUGCGAUGCUCUCAUCACAUACCAACGGCGUCUCCCUCAUCCCACAUAUCUCGGCGAGCGCGCUUUCCUCAUCACCGACAUUGUCGACCUCGAGACUUCGAGUGUGAAAAUCCACAAAGCGCUUGUGAAACAUGGAAUAUUAUUAGAAGCGCCAGUAUCUUCUUCUCUGACUAGUAUGUCGGCUGCUAGAUGUAAUGUUUAUAGUGAAGAUGAGAUGCCGGUGAAGAUUGCAGCGAUUACGAGGAAUUUACCGCAUCAACUGGCUUCGACGGGCCUGCCGAUCGAUGGGCAGAAAUUAGUGGUGGCGCUUCUGUGUUUCUGGUAUGAGGAAUGGAAGAGACAGUGUAGGUUUGAGAGGGAAGAGAGGGAUUUAAGGGAACAGAUUGAUCUGGCGAGAAGAAAUGGUAAUCAUCGAGCAAUGGGCUUUUUUGCAGCGGAAAUUAAUAGAGUACUGAGGCGGAAACACAUGUUGUGGAGUGAGAGGGAGGAGAAUAGGGAGGUUGCGCAAAGGAGAAGUGGCGAGGGACGAAGUGGUGGAGAAGGGGAUGGAGGGAGAGGGGGUGAGAUGGAAGAAGUAUUGCCGAGUUAUAGGGAGUCGAUGGUGCAUGGUGUUACGGUGCAGGUUGCUACUGGGGGAGCGGCGAGAGUCGUGGGUAGUGGGGCUGUGGAUGAGUUGCCGGGGUAUGGGGAUUUAUUGGUUAGGGAGGAGGGUAUGGGUGAUGAUGAUGAUGAUGAUGAUGAUGAUGAUGAUGGGGGAGCAGAGAGGGUUACGAGUCUUGAUGUGGUUGGGGAGCCGCAAGGUAGUAAUUUGGUUGAGGGAUCGCAGAGUAUCAGUGAUGCGACGGAGAAUUCAGAGUGGCACAGCAAUAGUGCUGCGCUUAAUCCGCUUAAUACAUGA